AUAUUUUAUGAAAUAUCGAUUUUAAUUUUAUGAUUUAUGAUUGUCACAGUGAAAAUAAAAUCGUGCAUAAUUCAUCGGUGCACAUAGUAUUUUUCUUAAUGUUUAGACCUCAGGUGUUAUAUUUCUUUGUAUAUUGUGUGUGUUUUAGUAUUUAAUUUACAGGCAUGAUUAAAAAAUUAAUUUGCUUUGGUAUAAUUCAGCAGUAGUAGAAAAAGCAGCGAGUGGGGGCUCUGUCGAAUGUCGACUGUCAUUGACUUGUGUCAAAUCGAGUCGGACCUGUGUGGUUAUGGAUUUUACGCAAUGGUAUUUCCAAGGAUCCACAGGUGUUUUUCGCAUUUCGUUUUAACGUACAGUUGCUCAGGGGUUCUCGAUUAAAAGAGCCACGUGAACAUAGCCCACCGCAGCAUAUUUCCAUGUCCUCGACAGUAGUCAAUUUCGGCCUACUGCCACCUAAACGGACAGUGUUCCUGCUUUGUGACAUCCAGGACAAAUACAGACCCGAGGCGGUUUACUUCAACGAGAUAGUAGAGUCGGCUAGUAAACUAUGCCAGGCUGCCAAGAUCCUGGACAUCCCGCUGCUUGUCACCGAACAGAAACUGGAGACGAUGGGCAAGACAGUAUCAGAAUUGGACAUUAGCCAUGCUGAAGGUGUUUACGAGAAAACCAAGCUGAGCAUGCUCACCCCUGCUGUGACGGAGAAAUUGGACUCUUUGUGCAAAGGGAACGUCCUUUGUGUUGUGCUAUUUGGUCUAGAGACUCACAUAACCAUCGAGCAAAGUGCGGCUGAGCUGAGGGCUCUCGGCCUUCAGGUGCACGUGGUGGCUGAUUCUUGUACGUCCAGAACCCAAGAGGACCGCCUUUUGGCGCUGAAGAGACUCCAGCAAAUCGGCUGUUUCAUCACCACUACCGAGAGUGUGUUGUUCAAAUGCUUGGCAGACCAGGAAAAUCCCAAUUUCACCAAGAUACAAUCCCUUCUGAGAAGUCCUAUUUCUCCUACGGGACUUACCAGUUUAUAAACUUUCCUGUCUAUAUUUAACUGAGUAAAUUUGUCUUACCUUUAAGAUUGGCACUGGUUACUGCGUUAAAAAUUUACUUUAAGGCCAAUUGCGCAGUAAUUCUUCCAUUUGACAAAUAAAAGCCAGUAAUUUAUUAUUUGAAGUUAAUUGAACUGUUUUUAGUAUUUCUAAAGAAAUAUGAUUCAAUUCCUUGUACAAACUAGUCAGAUUAUAAAUUUAUUUAAUAUAAAGUUCAACAGAAUUUUAAAUUAUUUUUUAAAAGCGCAUUAUAUUUAUUUUAAAAAAAAAAGGCCUCUUUUAUGCUACCAAAUUUCAUUUUAAAUUAAUUUUGGCAAAUGUUUCAUCAUUUUCUGAAACAGAAGUCCAUGCGAUGCCAAAUAAUUGAAGAAUAUAAAAGGUUGGUUACCCAAUAUGUACUUUAUUGAAAUUGUUAUUUAAAUUAAAAUCUUAAUUAAGCACGUGUGUGGGCACGCACAUACACAUAAUUUUAAAAUCUAUGAGAAAAAAGACGUCUUCUAUCGUGUUAAUGGUUAGGGACCAUUUGGACGUUACUUUAAGUGAAAGGUGAAUGCGUAGAAUUAGAACCGCUUAAAAAUAAAUACUUAUUAAAAUGCAAACACAUCAAAUUGCUUGCUUAUAUAGCACAUAAAAAAUACAUUGAUCCACAAAAAAAAAAAAAAAAAAAAAGUCGCUCAUUGAAAUAUUCACUUGCGGGCCUCCUGACGUGUUAUUUAUAACUCAGCAAGCUUUGAACAGUCUCAGGACUAAUGUUGACAUUACGAGCAUUUCGAAGGUGGCGGGGGCCAUCUCAGAAUAUAGAAUCCCCAGGUUCUGUUGCUCUCGAUUGGCCCAGGCCACUUGUGACAGGAACCAGUCUCCCGAUACUGAUUGAUAUCUGGAUGGUUGUUUCAGGCAGUCUGAUAAUACGCGCACCAAACGGUUGACUAAACCCUUCUUCAAUCAAUGCGAGUGCAGUAGCUACUUGCUCCUCAGAAAUGACUAUUUUAAAGCAAAAAAGGAAGUUUAAAACUAAUGACUCUUCACUCAAGAAAUCAAAACUAAAUGGAGAGAUCUGUUUGGAAGUAAUGAACAUUAUGGACCUUUGUGCAAAAGAGUAAAGAAAGCAAUUAGUGAUGGGUAUCAAAAUAAUGUUAAAUAACGCUUUAUAAACACAUUCCAUUGAAAAUAUUAAAAUAAAGUCACAAAUUAAACAAAAAACUAAGUGCAUUUUUUUCUUUUUUUGUGGAGCAAUGUAUAUAAAAAAAUGUAAGCUUUAAUUGUUCACAUAAAUGUAUGAAUACUUUUCUAUUGCCAUGUAUCUGUUCUGGACAAUAGUUGAUGACAAAUGUGAUGUAUGCUGUUUAAUUUCCCAAUUUUUGCACACACAAAAAAAAAUAGAUUACUUUGUUGAGUUAAUAAAUUACUGAAGUGUAGUGAUUCACUUCUUAAGCCGCUCUAAUAAAAAUGAAAUAACACCCUUGUAUCUAAUAAAUGCGUUUCUAUUUAGCUUCAAUUUUAAAUAAAUAAACUACAGGCGUUCCUCUUAAUUUUAGAAAAGCUCAAAUUAAAAGUAUUAAAACUUCUGCCGUCUAACUUGUGCCAAUUCAAUAAGUCUUGUCAUAAACUAUGCCUUACAACGGACAAAUUAUUUUAGAGAAAUUAAUUGCAAUUUAUUGUAAUCAAAUCGCUAUUUAACUCAGCAAUAAAAAAAGACUGAAUUAUUGCACUAUCAUAUACUUUUGUUUCUUGUACACAAGAGACAAGCAAUUUUAUAAUAAAAAGGAAACGCUUAGGUUGUUUUAUUAUAUUGUUAAAGAUGUUAUCAACCUGUGUUAUUAAAAGGUGUUUACAUUUUGCCUCGCUUAUUCAUAGUCUAAAAAUAAAUGUCCAGAUAUUUCUGUACAAAUUAUUCAAUGAUAAUACAAUAUUAUACUUUGUGUUAAAUUUUCCUCCCUCCAGUUAAUGUUAGCAAUUUGAGAAACCAAAAAUUGAUCACCUGAUUUUGAAUCCUUGUUAUUUUCUGCCUCAUAAAAGGAAAUUUUUUAUUAGAAAAGUAGUGAUUUACCAUUGGUCUGAUUUGUUAUUUGUUUUGUUAUUUAAGUUUUUAACUUGUUAUUUUUGUUAUCAUAAAUUGUCAUGCUUUCGGUUAAUUAAAAAAAAUUACACGCUAAUUUAUAUCGUAUGAUAUAAUUUUGCUUUUAUCUGGUUGCAAUAUCAACUUUUUAAAGUAUGUGUAUUGUAAUAAACUAUAUUUUUGCACUA